ACGGCCCAGUUAUGAUCAGAUCCAGACCGUCCAAAAAUAGAGAACACGAUGAUGCUCUGAGAAAAGCGGAAACAUUUUUCAGCAGUCUAGGGUUCUUCUUGGUCGUUCUUAACUGGCAUCUAGUAUGGCUUUCUGCACCAAACUCGGUGGUCACUUGAAACAUGGGGUUAUCCAAAACAGAAAUGUUCCAGUGACAUCAAUGCUUGGUUCUCUCCGCCAUAUGUCCACUAAACUUUAUAUUGGUGGUCUAUCGCCUGGAACUGAUGAGCACUCCUUGAAGGACGCAUUCUCUAGCUUUAAUGGAGUGACAGAGGCAAGAGUCAUGACAAACAAAGUGACUGGGAGGUCUAGAGGUUAUGGAUUUGUUAACUUCAUAAGUGAGGAUUCUGCCAACUCUGCUAUAUCAGCAAUGAAUGGACAGGAGCUGAAUGGGUUUAACAUCCGUGUGAACGUUGCAAAAGAUUGGCCAAGUUUGCCAUUGUCUUUGGAUGAGAGUAUAGAAGAAGCUGAGAAGAAAGACAAUAAAAUGGUGAGCCGAUCUGUAUGGAAAGAUCCAUUUGUUGACGCGUUCCUGAUGAAGAAGAAAAAUGCAGCACUGAACAGGAAAAUAUGGUCAAGAAGAUCGACGAUUCUGCCAGAGUAUGUUGAUUCGGCGGUGAGAAUCUACAACGGCAAAACUCAUGUGCGUUGUAAGAUCACAGAGGGGAAAGUUGGGCAUAAAUUCGGAGAGUUCGCAUUUACAAGAAAAGUGAAGAAGCAUGCUAAAGCAAAGUAGUUUCUUCUUGGAAUGAAUUGGUCAGCUGCUUGAAAGGAUUGUGUUGAAAAGCCAGAAACGAAUCGAAUCAAUAAAAUUCUUUAACAGGU